AGUAAAGUAUAAUGCUGCCCUGCUGACUCUGAGCAACGCCGUUGCUCUGAGGCGCCUUCAGAAAAUUCAGUUCACAAGAAGCACACGGAGCUGAGCCAAGACAAGCUGAUAACCUGUGGAGUCCACGAGUCAUCGGCGAGAGGAACUUUUUUUGUGCAGCGCCGACGCGCGCACUUGUGUUAAAUGUUCAGUCUCUAAAAUUGUCGCCGCAGUAUGUAUUGCAUUCCAGGACAAAGGCUGUGUGCUUCAGGUGAUCGAUUUCUUGGAGGAGACGGCACUUAUGUCCAAAACGGCUAUGUUUAUUCCAGUCUUGCAGGCUUGAUGAAAAUUUUGCGUCAAAAAGACAAGAAAACAUUGGUUGAAGUACAUCGUUGCACGAGGCAGUAUGUGCCUGCACCAGGGAAUAUUGUCACAGUCAAAGUCAUAGGUGUCACACACAGAUUCUGUAAAUGCUUUAUUUUAGCCAUUGAGGACUGUGAGCUCUGCGAACCAUUCAGAGGUAUUAUUCGAAAGGAAGAUGUUCGAGAAUUUGAAAAAGACACGGUCGAGAUACAUAAAUGCUUCCAGACCGGAGACAUUGUACUGGCUAGAGUAAUCUCUCUUGGUGAUGCACUUUCGUACUACUUGUCGACUGCUGAGAACAAGCUUGGAGUUGUUGUGGCUUUGGGUCCCUUGGGUGUUCCAAUGGUACCCGUCAGCUGGACAGCCAUGCAGUGCCCAGUGUCUUGUGUCAAAGAAAUGAGAAAAGUAGCCAAGUUGGCUCCAGCCACAUAGGCUAAAGGGAGCUCGUUUUUGUAUGAAGAGAUUAAUAAAUCUUCUAGGCAAUACCAAUG